AUGAUCGACUUGGAUGCGGAGAGGCUAUCAAACACCGUGAUGAUCACUCGGAUCUCCCUCAUCUUCCGCGACAAACCUCUUGAUUUAGUUUCCGCCCUCAUCCGCGUUCCGCUGGGUGGCUCUGCAUCUACACAAAAAAGUAUCAUCAUCAAAGACAAGUGA